AUGGCUUUCCUUCACACCGACGAGACCUUCUUCAUCGAUUCCGACGAACCUCUCCAAAACCGCAUCGAUGCGCGCACAGCCGCCAGGAUGAUCGCCCGCAACAGACAAGACAUGAUUGCCGGCGAGCUGUCAAGACUGGCUGGAGACGAGUACUUGGAGGAUAUCAUGCAACACGUCAGGCAAAUGGAGAACGAAACGCUUCCCGACGCCAGCCUCAUCGAUAUGCAACGCGAGGUCCAAUGGUUCAUGAGACCCUACCUUAUCGACUUCCUCGUUGAAGCCCACGCUGCCUUUGCGUUGCUGCCGGAGACGCUAUUCCUAACUGUGAACCUCCUGGAUCGCUACUGCUCAAGGCGUGUUGUGUACAAGCAACACUACCAACUGGUAGGCUGUGCUGCCUUGUUGAUCGCUGCCAAGUAUGGUGACAAGAAGGAUCGCGUUCCUCAAAUACACGAGCUUAACAACAUGUGCUGCGGCCUGUACGAUGCCGGCAUGUUCACGCAGAUGGAGAUGCACGUCUUGAACACUCUGGAGUGGACAAUCGGACAUCCUACUGUCGACUUUUUCUCACAGCUGACGGUUGCCGAGGAACACGACGACCGGGAAGUAGAGCAGAUGGCUGCGUACAUCAGCGAGAUUGCCUUGUAUCACAGAGAGUUUGUUUCGACGAAGCCUUCGAUCAUGUCCCGUGCCUCAUUAACACUGGCUCGAGCAAUCCUUGGGCGUCCAGAUGCCAGCGGAGGGGACUGGGAUCACAGUGAGAAUGUCACUCUGCUGGCACUCUCUCAACGCCUCAAUCAACCCUCGCCAACUCUAGCUCGGAAAUAUUCCACCCCCCACAUGUCGAGGGUCUCACAAAAGCUGGUCGAUUUCAUGGCCGAGCAGGCUGCCGUGGCAGCACGCAAUGCCAACCCAUCUUCGCCGCCGAGCGACGUAACUCCGAAACAAGGCGACAUCUACAGCACUCCUCAGAAGGGACACGGCGCAGCCAUUGGUUUCGAAGGUUAUCCGACGCCUCCCAUCACGCCCGACGGUGCUUGCUUCGGCCACGGAAACCAAACCAUGGCCAAGGAUGCCUAUCACCUGCCCCCUCGCUGCCCGGUCACGCCGACGCCACAGCAACACCACACUGGCUACGCUCAACAGGGACGCCAGUAUAUGGCCUUCCCUGCGCAACAUCAAUUAUACGGCAUUCACCAGCAAUAG